AUGACCAGGGUCAUUAUUGAAAGCGAUGCACAAAACCUUGUCCGUGCGGCCAAAUCAUCAGACUUUGACUUGGCCCCGGAGGCCAACUAUCUUGACUACGAUGUCUACGACCUCGAGCUCACCGCGGUCAAGAACAACACCGAGCUACGCAGUCUCUUCAUAGAGACCACCGGCAAGUCCAUCAUCGUCAUCGAGGAAAUCGACUGCUCCAUCGAUCUCACCGGCAAACGCAAAACUAAGAAGAAAAAGAAAGACAAGAGCAGCAAGAAAAAGAAGAAGAUGGCCCCGCCGGUCGCCAAGGAUGAGGAGAACAAGGUGACGCUGUCAGGGUUGCUCAACUUCAUCGAUAGGCUGUGGUCGGCCUGCGGCGGCGAGCGGAUCAUCGUGUUCACGACCAACCACAAGGACAAGCUAGACCCGGCGCUCAUCCGACGGGGCAGGAUGGACUCGCACAUCCAGAUGUCCUACUGUUGCUUUGAGUCCUUCAAGGUGCUCGCCAAGAACUACAUGCAUAUCGCCAACCACGAGCUUUUCCAUGAAAUCCAACAACUUCUAGGGGAGGUGGACAUGUCGCCUGCCGACGUGGCCGAGAACCUCAUGCCCAAGUCGAAAGCCAAAGAUGUGGACGCCAGCCUGGGUAAGCUAAUCAAGGCACUCAAAGAACUAAAGGAGGAAGCAUUGGCCAAAGCAUCCAUUGGAGCGGAGAAUGAAGAGGAAGCCGAAGAGGAAGCCGAAGAAGAUGACGAAGAAGAUGACAGCAGCAGCUCCAGCGAAGAGGAGAAAACUGGGAAAAAUAAAAAUGAUUAG